AUGCCAUCAAUUCAAUCUGGUGGCGAUGGAUUUUAUUCAGCAUUCUUGAAUCCAGUUGGUCGCGUACUAUACGACACGUUUGUCUAUCCAAAAAACGUGGGUACAACAUUUCCACAUCAAAUCUAUUUGAUAGAAUGUGAUUCUCGAAUUGUAUCAGAUCUUAUAAAACAUAUGAAAAAAUACGUUCUCAGAUCCAAAGUUUCAAUUAAUGACGUAUCAUCUCAAUAUAAUGUUUGGAAUAUGUGGGGUGGAAAUAUAGAUAAUCUAUGGUUGCGGUAUCAGGUACCAAAUCUUUCAGCCACCAAAUUACCAAUAGGAUCUUUGGUUUUAAAAGAAAGGAUUGCUGAAAUAGGAUGUAAGGAUAAGAGGUGUCCUUAUAUGGGACUGAGAUUCGUACUUCCAUUCGACACAACACCAUCAGUUCCAUCAUCAUUUAAACAGUUGCCAUCGAAUGAAUAUAAAAUUCGUCGAAUUUUGUACGGUAUCCCUGAAGGGAUUGAAGACUUACCGCCAGGAUCAUCAUUACCAUUACAGUGUAAUUUUGAUUACAUGAGAGGAAACUUUCCAUUACCCCCAUCUUCAACUGGUAUAUACGCAUCAAUAGAGACACUAAGUAAAAAAAGUCGUCCGAUAGGUGCUAUAGGGUCUUCUUGUAAUAAUAUUGCAUUAGCGUUACUAAAUUUAGAUAAAGUUCAAGACGAAAAUUUAAUUGUGGCUAGUGGGCGAGGGGAGGUAUACAGAGUAAAACCAUUUGUACCUGAUUGGUGGCCAAAAGUUGAUGAAUAG